CAGAUUCAUUCUGCGAGUGACCGAUGAAUCGAGUUUGCUUUUUUUGGUCGGCACCCCUGGCCAUGAAUGACUGCUGAUGCUCGUUACCUUUGUUCCUGGCUCAUCAAGAAGAUCACCGAAUAACACAUGGUCUGUUUAUGUGGUUUGAGGGGAUGACUGCAAUCGUAGACUUUUUUGUUGCUGCGACUCUCCGUCCGUCACCUCUAUCUAUCCAUUCAUAAAAUUUCCAAGGCCACUGCUCUGCUUCUUCACUAGAAACAUUGCUGUCGAUUCGAUUUCGUCGCCGUCACGGUACUCGCCAUCUGGCCUGGGCAGAACCACGAUCCACAGAGGCUAGAUUCACUUUAUUUGCAACCUCGACCGACACCAGAUCCAAAUCACAAAGGCACGUGCCGAGAUUGCAGUGGACGUCGUCGCAGACUCACCGCACAACCCAGAACCACAAGUUAAGACAUUUCGCAGUCCUCGACGUCACAUAUGCAAGACCAACGAUAGGGGUGCAGUGUCCAGAAUCACGACAGGUUCCAACUACGAGUACGAGUAUAUUGCUGUGCGAUAAGGACCCGCGAGAGAUUCCUGAGGCUGUAUCCACCUAUUGUGACAGUGUCCACCGACCCGUGGACCCAAGUUCCCUCGAUUCACCAUCGGGCAAAACCGCGAGCUCGGCCGGCGAACCGUGCCACAUAUUGAAUUGGAGGAUUGAUCGCCGACAAUAUUGACUUGUCCAGGCUAUACAGAUUGUACCUGUCCUGAGUAUAUUAAAUAUUGUACUCGGGCGGCGGGUGAAAGCCUAGGUGCCCAGACACCCCGCCACUUGUCCGGCAGACAAGCUCGACAAGCAAGACAAGUCACUCAUGUCUCUGGCCACAAGCAAUGACGGGCAUCAGUUCCGGCCCAGAAGAACAGAAUCGAGAUUAUCCAGUCUCAAGGCUACAGCACACCAAGAAGAUCAUCAAAUCCACGAUCGGAUCGAAUGCAGACAAUGUAUUGCGACUCCACCCCAAGGCACGCUUCCCAGAAGCACGAUAACCCAGCAUGAGAACAAUCACCAACAUGUGGCUGCUGGUACUGGUGCUGGUGGUGACGCGAGUGGGGGUUGUCCGCACAUUUCCCACCCACGCCUGGCGCAGCGGGACCAACACAUCGUGGUUUCGAAACACAAUCCCAAUGCACAUGAGAUCCAAUUGUCAGCAUCAAUUCCAGCGCCUGAAGUUCAACUUCAACUUCAGGCUCAACACAGAGUAACAUCCUCGGCAUUAUCAACGGUCAUAUAUUCAUCAUCUGAGGGAAUUUUGUCACCCCAAGAAGAGCUUGGCCGCCAGGAACCAAAUCCAGACGCAGAACAAGCACGAGCACGUCAGCAUCUCGGUGGGUUUGGCUUCGGGCGCCAGCAGGGAUCUCUAAGCGUACGCUUAGGCGUGGGACCCACCACCGAUUAUCCAACGUUAGCCACACCCGACCGCCUCGGCCUGGGUUCGUUAGCGCCAACCAAACCAGAGGCACCUGAGGCUGUGACGUUGGGUUGUUCUACAGGGGCCGAGAGGGCGAAAGGGCCCGAUAGUGCAACGUCUGACCGUCAGUGCCACCAUCCUGGCCCUUCUGAGCCCAGGGUGUCGCGGGCCAGUCGGGAGCCCGAGAGGCCUGAGUGUGCGCCUGAAGCAGAACGUGUGCCGGCGCCCGUCUUGGGAGAGUCGGCACCACCAAGCCCUCCGACUACCAACACUACCAGCACUCCCACUCCCACUCCAACUCGCAGUCUCCCCUCCUCCCACCCAGGAUCAGGAUUAGGAUCAGUGCCUGUGCCUGUGCCUACACCACGAGCCCUGGCGCCCUCGCCUCUCUCUGCAGGGCUGACAGCAAACGUGGAUAAUAUCCGAAACCCCUCGACGGCAAAUGUGACGAAUGUUGCUGUGCCGGUGGAUCAACGUCUGAUAACAAGUCGAGUGAGUUUUCCCAUUUGCCCAUUUGCAAUUCCUAUCAUUUUAUUAUCAUAUCAACCCACUUGCGAACACCCACUUCCCACCACCCACUUCAGCCCAGCAAACUCCCCUUCUGUCCAUGCCUCCGAGCUAGGAAGCCUUUGGCCCAUCCGCCAAAUCUUUGGUCGAUUAAGCCUUUUUUCUACCCACUUUGGGACCCAUCCAUCGUCCCCUCCCAAGCACCUACCACCUAAUCACCGUUCCAUUUUCAUCGCAUUGGUGUUUCCGUGCCUUAUCCUUUCCUUGUCUCUCUUACUCAAAUCCAUCAUUCUUUUCCACUCGACUGCGUCUCUGAGAUUUCCUCGCCGAGCCCAAGUAGUCUCUAUCUUUUCCCGGGUCCAGCUGCAAGCCCACUCUCACUCUUCCAUCGUCCGGCAUCCGGCCCCGCCAACCAGAACAGUCUCCUGCGGCCUCGUACCUCUUACGUGGUAUAUCGACUCUCAGCUUAAGCCAAUUCUUCGCCGAUCGCGCAAGCACUCUCCCUCAGAGUGCCAACAUGAGCCUGCCUUACGUUCCACUUUGACUACCCGCCCUUCCCGAAGUUCUUCCAACUCGUCUAUAGCAGAUCGACAUCUGCUCAAGACCACUCCUCCAUCCAAAUCUUCAGCCAUGGCCCUCAAAUUCUUGACCUCCCACAGUUCGCACUCUGGGUCUAGCAGCAGUGUCAAGUAUUUCGACAUUAGACUCGACAAUGAUUAUAUCGUGUUCAGAGGCAGUGAGGAUGAGGCUUCCAGUGCCGAACUAUCCGGCUCCGUUGUUCUGUGCCUGACUGAUAUCCUCAACAUUGCUCAAAUCCACUUGACCCUCAGCGGCAUUGUCCACAUGUCAUACCAGGCCUCCUCCUCUUCAUCCAUGUCUGGACGCCGUACGAACUCCAAGGAAAAGACCUUUUUUGAAAAGAAUUGGACAUUCCGAGACCCAGGCAAAGGAAAGACAGAAAUGCUCUGCCCCGACAACUACGAGUGGCCCUUCUCCUGUAUUCUCGAAGGCGGUCUUCCUGAGAGUGUCGAGGGCCUUAAAGACGCCUGGGUGAUAUAUAGACUCAAGGCCGAGGUCGUGAGGAAAAGAGGUCGUGACAUCGUCGUCCGCAAACCUCUGCGGGUUGUCCGCACUCUUGAUGCCAGUGCCUUGGAGUUGGCUCAUGCUAUGUCUGUGGAGAAUAUCUGGCCCAACAAGAUCGAAUAUUCCAUCAGCAUUCCAAACAAAGCUGUGGCCUUUGGCUCUUUCGUCCAAGUCGAUUUUAAAUUGAUUCCACUCCUCAAAGGCCUCGUCAUUGGCAAUGUUUCCACUCAGGUCAAGGAAGAACAAGAAUUUGUUGUCGAUCCAGAAUGGGGCGUAUCGGCCGUUGGUGGUGGCCAAAUCAAACAGGACCGAGUCAUUGUUGCCGAUUUGCAUAGAAUCAAUGUCGAAGAUGAGCAGAUCCUCGAUGAGACCGCGGAAGGCUUCGAGUUUUCACGAUAUCUCGAAUUGCCAAAGAGUUUGAAUCAUUGUCUACAAGACUGCAACACCAAAGGCAUCAAAGUCCGGCACAAGGUCAAGUUCAAUGUUCAACUCCAUAACCCCGACGGCCACAUCUCCGAGCUUCGUGCCAAUUUGCCUGUCUCACUCUACAUCUCUCCCAGCCUCCCUAUCAAUGAAAACAAUGAUUUGGUCGACCAAACUCCACAGGCGAGCAGGGCCGCCAUUGCCAAUGAUCUCGCCAACGCGGCACCCCCGGUAUAUGGCAAACACACUCUCGAUACGUUGUACUCGGACAUAGAUGGUUAUCGGACUCCGGGGACAGCUCUGUCAACUCCGGGAACACCCUAUCUCCACAGCCGACAUGCUUCGUCCGACAAUUUGGCAAGUCUUGCCGCUAUUACCAACGGAAAUUAUGUGUCUCCCGUUGCUCUUCAGAAUAGGCUUCAAGAUCUGCGGGUGGGCUUUGUUUCAGGUUCGUUGGAGGACGACCACAAUAUUCCCAUGGGGCUUGAGAAUGGUCAACGAAGCCAAUCACAAGAAGAUUAUUUUGUUCCUCAUGAAUCUUCGAACGGCAGUGCAAAUACGAGGUUCAGCCCGUAUGAUGCGAGUCGAUCGGGGGGACAAAGCGGGACCCCGAGCCAGCCAGGCAGCAACCUUAUGUCCAGGAGAACAUCAGAGGAGGAGGAUGGUACUUUCUCCGGUGCCAGGACUCCCUUCCCUCAAUAUGACCACAUGGAAGACCUCAACUUGAUCAAAAUUCCGUCUUAUACAACAGCGGUCAAGACACCGGCCCCGAGGACGCAGCGAAGCUCGAGUACACUGCCUACGUACGAUGCCAGCGUACGCGAGCCAAGUCCGCCCACUCUCAUGGAACCACCAACCGCCCACAUCCGCAACUCUCCGCGGCUACCGGGCAGCCUGGCAAACAGCCCUCCCGAUUCGCUGAUGAAUGGUUCAAGAAUAGCUGCAUCGCAUCGAACUGUCAGCUCAAUCCAGGAUGACGAACGUCGGUUGAGGCUGAUGCAGCAAAGAGGACGCUAGGGGCUGAUCGAAUGGGGAAAUUCGAAAGUCAUUUGCAAAUGCAUGGGAAUACAACAAGAGCAGCAGUUUUGAGCAUUGAUAUGGCGUUGAAAGUCGAAAUGAUACCCACGAGAGGCAAGAGAAGCCUCGAUGACGAAUUGAAUUGUGACUUGACAAGAUCAACUUUGGACAGGCGCAUGGGAGGUUGAUUGGAUUGGAUCAGAGAGUAUUGUCCAUUUUCGAACUAACGACUCACCACUUUUAUUUCGCGGCGCUUGUGUGAGUGGAAUGGGAAGGGAGGGGAACAACGGGUUUGAGGGUCUUCUGGUCCGAGAGGGGUGCGUGGCAACAAGACCGGUUCUUUUGAAUAUGAGGAUAUGAAAGCUGUGAGACAUGGAGGGGGGAUGGUUUUGAGAGAUUCAAUGCCCGGUGUUUCUUUCAAUGUCCUUUUUCACCUCAACAAUGGACAUGGACGCUUUAUACUGUACAUGACACAGAAAUGACAUAGAUGCAUGAUAUGAUGCCAACGAACAAGACUCAGAAUCGGCAUCUCUGUCAAAUCACUUUCGUUUCUCUGCAUACAUAAGUAUUUAUGGACUUUUCUUCAAGUAAUUGACUCACUCUAAGCAGACACAAAGGGAGAUAU